AUGGCGAACACCUUAAGGGUGCCCAACGGCGUCAAUAGCCUGGUGACCAAUAGCGGAAUGACUUUGACCGUGCUUGGAUGUGGGACCUUAGGAAUCGCGAUCCUCUCCGGCAUCCUUUCGUCCUUGACUGAAGCUUCAACGCUUCCUUCGCCAGCCUACCCUGACUCUGGAACCACAACGCCCACCACCGAUGUCCCUCCACCACGAACGCCUACCAACUUCAUUGCUUGUGUCCGCCGGCCCGAGUCGGCAAAGCGCAUCAAACUCUCAGUCCAAGGUUACCGGCCGAAUGUUACGAUUCUACAGAAUGAGAACGUAAAGGGUGUCGAGGCCGCCGACGUGGUCAUCUUGGGUUGUAAACCGUACAUGGUCGGAGAUAUACUACGCGAAGAGGGAAUGAAGGAAGCACUCGCCGGCAAACUUCUCAUUUCAAUCUGUGCAGGUGUCCCGGUUGAACAGAUAGGUCGAACUCUACACGGCGCAGAAUAUCCCGAGGACCUCCCGUCAAACGCAUGCAAGAUCGUUCGAGUCAUGCCCAACACGGCGGCCAUCGUUCGAGAGUCUAUGACCGUCAUUGGAACCACGACCCCCCCUCUGCCCCCCGACCUCUCAUCGAUCGUAGAAUGGAUAUUUACUCGGAUCGGUCGUGUCGUCCACCUGCCGCCCUCAAUGAUGGACGUUUCCACCGCCCUCUGUGGCUCGGGUCCAGCUUUCCUCGCGUUGAUGCUAGAAUCCCUCGCCGACGGCGCCGUCGCCAUGGGUCUACCGCGCGCAGAGGCACAAUUAAUGGCUGCGCAGACGAUGCGUGGCACGGCCGGAAUGGUAUUGAGCGGCGAACACCCUGCUCUCGUAAGGGAGAAAGUCAGCACACCUGGCGGGUGCACGAUUGGUGGAUUGCUAGUUCUGGAAGAAGGCCGAGUUAGAGGCACGGUUGCAAGGAGUGUGAGAGAGGCCACUGUUGUUGCUGCUCAGUUGGGCAAGGGCGUAAGUGGUGUUAAUGGCACCAGGUUCGAGAGGCAAUAG